AUGGCUAAUGGGAACCACUCAGUUGUGACACAGUUCCUCUUCAUGUCUUUCUCUGAAUUCUUGGAGGUUCAGGUCUCCCUUUUCUUCUCACUGCUGGUGUUGUACCUCGUCACCUUGGUGGGCAAUGUCAUUAUCACAAUCACGGUAGUGGACCCUGCCCUUUGCUCCCCCAUGUAUUUCUUCCUCCAGAAUUUGUCCUUUCUGGAAAUUGGCUACACCUCGUCCAUCAUCCUCAAGAUGCUGGUGAACUUCCUUUCCAAGGACACAAGUAUUUCCUGCCUGGGCUGUGCCAUGCAGAUGUAUUUCUUCUCCUUCUUAGGGAUCACGGAGUGAUGCCUGCUGGCUGCCAUGGCGUAUGCUUAUGUGGCCAUAUGUCGCCCUCUGCGCUACACGGCCAUGAUGAGCAGAGGUGUGUGUCUCCAGUUCUCAUCUGUGUGUUGGCUCAUUGGGGUGCUGGUGGCAUUAGGGCAGACAACUUUCAUAUUCACUCUGCCCUACUGUGGACCUAAUAGUAUCAACCACUUCUUCUGUGACCUGCCCCCACUGCUGAAUCUGGCCUGCACAGACACCUACAGUAAUGAAGAAGCUGUCACCUUUAUCAUGGUCCCCUUCCUGUUCAUCCUGGUGUCCUACGUCCGUAUCCUCCAUGCGAUUCUCAGUAUUCCAUCAGCCACGGGCAGGAGCAAAGUCUUCUCCACCUGCUCCCCCCACCUUAUCGUGGUCACUUUGUUCUAUGGAACUGCCAUCGUGACAUAUCUGAGGCCCAAAUCUAGCUACUCACUCGACAAGGACAAACUGCUUUCCUUGUUCUAUAUGGUGGUGUGCCCAAUGUUGAACCCUUUGAUUUACAGCUUGAGGAAUAAGGAGGUAAAGGAAGCCCUGGGAAGGGUGAUGGACAGAAAAAUA